AUGCAUUCCAUGUUAUCACGUUCACUCUCGUAUAGCACAAAGAAUUUGUCGGAAAACCGAAGUGUUCUUAUCGUAGGUGCAGGUGUGGCUGGUCCUGUAUUAGCGUAUUUUCUUCAUCGUUUUGGUGUACGACCUGUAGUAGUCGAGCGUGCACCGCAACUGCGGACAGCUGGUCAAACUAUUGAUGUGCGUGGUGCCGGAAGAGAGGUCUUACGACGCAUGGGUAUCGACCGCAUAAUUCGCGAAAACCACACUCAAGAGGAAGGAGUGGCUAUUGUUGAUAGUGCAGGGCGCACACGAGCCGCAUUCGGUGUGGAAAGCUUUGGCGGUCAAGGUUUCGUCGCCGAUAUUGAAAUACUUCGCAGUGAGCUAGUACGUAUACUUUAUGAGCACAGUCGUAAUCAUACCGAGUAUAUCUUUGGUGAUCAUCCUUCAUCGAUCAACGAUCGUGGAGAUCAUGUGCAAGUUACGUUUGCUAGCGGUAAUGUGCGUGAAUUCGACUUGGUCAUCGGUGCUGAUGGUAUGCAAUCAAAAACUCGCCGCCUCGUCUUUGGGAACAAUACUUCGAUUCAUCAUCUAAAUGUGUAUACUGCAUAUUUUACGAUUCCCUACAGUCAGUCAGAUGGCAGAUGGGCACGUUGGUACAAUGCUCCCAAAGAACGAACAGUGCUGAUCCGUCCAGAUAAUCAGGGCACGACGCGUGCCGUGUUGUUAUUUCGCACUUCACAGCGUGGUUAUGAAGACCUUGACGUAGAUAUGCAAAAAGAACUUUUACGAAACGUAUUCGCAGAUGCAGGCUUCGAAACACCUCGGGUACUGAGUGGGAUGAAGAACGCAAAUGAUUUUUAUUUUGACGCUAUUGCAGCGAUCAAGAUGGAUCGAUGGUCAGAGGGACGAGUUGUCUUGGUGGGUGAUGCAGGUUAUUCCUCAGGAGUCAGUGGUAGAGGUACAACUCUGGCCUUUAUUGGCGCUUACAUCCUCGCUGGUGAGAUAGGUUGCCAUCAAGAUCAUACAAAGGCUUUCAUACAAUACGAAACACUGAUGCGUCCAUACGUUACCGCAGCUCAGAAAAUAACUCCAGGAUCAAUUCGCGUUGCUUUACCAAAAACGCGUACUGCGAUUGCGCUCAGGAAUACUGUACUGAGUUUUGCAGCCAGACCUGCCGUUACUGGAUUUAUCACAAAACUCACCAAAUCAAAGACGGCUGAGAAAGUGACGUUUCCAGAUUACGAGACCAUAUUGGCUCAACAAUAG